GUUUAUCAAUAAAAUUAGGCCGCCUAUAAUCGAAUUUUGUUCAUAGAUAAUUCAUUUACAUUUUACCAUUUGGACAAUAAUUGUAGGGAGAAAUUUAGUUAGUUUAUUCAGUGCCAAAAUGUUGAAACUCCAAUCUCUGGUUGUCUUGAUAGGUUUGGUAGUUUUGGGGCCUGUGGAGGGUAACGUUAAGGGCGCAGCGAUACUGGACGAGAACAAUUUCGAUAGGGUAAUUUCCCGGUUCGACAAUGUUUUAGUUAAAUUCGAUGCAGUUUAUCCUUAUGGCGAUAAACACGACGCUUUCAAACAUGUUGCCGAAGAAAUGAAGGACUCUGACGAUAUUUUGUUUGUUACCAUUGGUAUAAAGGACUUCGGAGAACAUGAUAAUCAGAAACUGGCUGAAAGAUUUGGCAUAAAAACCAAAAACGACUGGCCCGCUCUAAGAUUAUUCGUCAAAGGCGAAGAUGAACCUUUCAGCAUGAGCAACAAGCACGUCUGGAGCGAAGACCAAAUCAAGAAGUUCAUCAGAGAGCACAGCAACGUUUAUUUAGGCUUGCAAGGUUGUUUGGAGAAAUUCGAUAUGCUGGCUGCCGAAUUUGCUGGUUCCAGUUUGUAUAAACAAAGUAUUCUGGAGAAAACUGAACAGGAAGCUGAAAAAAUUCAGAAUGAGGCCGAAAAGAAAACAGCCAAAACGUACAUCAAAUACAUGACAAAAGCGAUAGAAAAAGAAACAUUCAUUGAGGACGAAAAGAGACGCUUAAACAAAAUAUUGACAGAGGGGAAAAUUAAAGCUGACAAAAAACAGGACCUACAACUCAGAGCCAACAUUCUCGCAUCCUUCAGCGCCCAGAAAUCGGAACUCUGAUACAACGCGUUUAUGAAACGGGUAAUUUUUGCUAUAGGGGUUAUUAAUUUUUUCUUGUUCGCAGGGUAUUUUUUGUAUUUCCGAGAUCGAAACGUUUCUGUUAAUAUAAAUGUAAGUUUUGGUGGGCAACAGUAAUUAAGGCCUUAUUUUGUUGAGAUAAUAAUGUAUGUAAAUGGUGGACCACUUUUUAUUUAUAUUUUCCCUGUUCCCUAAAAAUAUAAAUGUUUGUAAGAGAUAAAUUUGUUGAAAAACGUUUCGACAUACUUUGUAUUAUAUUUGUGAUAUUUUAUGCAUUCCAGCACAAGAACAUCCACAAUAAUGUACAAUUCUUUUGUGCUCUCAUGAGUCUUUUAAUGGGGUUUAAUGCCAGUUUCUUAUUCCUGUUUUAUUUUGUUGAUUUAUUUGUUCAUAUAUAAAAAAAUAUGUCAUUGCAAAUUAA